CGAAUGUGUGGACUCGUAAAUAAAAAAAUGAACGCGCAAGAGGUAGUCCAGGAAUUGACGCAAGUAUGCAUUCAAAUGCGCUCUCAACUAGAUGAUUUGACCAAACAAAAGGAUAAGGAGGCGUUAAUUCUAAAUCACAUAAAGCGAUACGAGAAUUCCGGAGUAGAAAUUCAGGAUUUUGCGAAAGGCUUGGAGUGGUUCAAUGUGUCGGAAGGAUUAUCAUUUGCACAGCAUUUGAAAAAAAAAAUCGUGCUUUUGGAUUUUUUUACUUAUUGUUGCAUCAAUUGUAUGCAUGUUUUAGCUGAAUUAGAAGAAGUUGAAAAAAAGAUUUCUAUAGAUGAUGGUCUUGUUGUGAUUGGAAUUCAUAGUGCAAAGUUUACAAAUGAACGUAGUUCAAAAAAUGUCUUAUCUGCAGUGCAGAGAUAUAAUAUUGCGCAUCCUGUGGUAAAUGAUGUGACAUUAAAGAUGUGGUAUAAUAUGGGAAUUACAUGUUGGCCUAGCCUUGUCAUGUUAGGACCUAGCGGUCAGCCAUUAGCUGUUUUUGUUGGUGAAGAUCACAAAGAUGAAAUAUUAUUAUACGCAAAAGUAAUGCUAGCAUAUUUCAAAUGUAUAAAUCAAAUAUCAAACCAUAAUCUUCCAAUUAAAUCAGCAAAUCAUCUUUUACCAGUUUUUAAAGAUGGUUUAUUGUUUCCUGGUAAAUUAACAGCUUUUUUUUGUGAACAAGGAACAAUGCUCGCCAUAUCAGAUAGCGGCAAUAAUAGAAUUAUCAUUGCAAAUGAACAUGGAGAAGUGAAAAAUUAUAUAGGCGGAUGCAAUCAGGGUUUUAAAGAUGGCAAUUUCAAAAAUGCCAGAUUUAAUUCACCUCAAGGGAUCUGUAAACUCGAUACACAUACAUUUUAUGUUGCGGAUAGUAAUAAUCAUGCCAUUAGAAAAAUAGAUCUGAUCGAUAAAAAGGUAUCUACUAUAGCUGGCCUUGGUUUAAAAGGUCACGAUCGCCAUGGUGGAAAACAUGGUAUUAAUCAGGUUUUAUCAUCUCCUUGGGAUGUGGCAAUCUAUCAUCAUGAAUAUGAAGAGAACAUGAAUGUGAAGAAAGUGCCAAUCUUAUUAAUCGCUAUGGCAGGUACUCAUCAAAUCUGGGCAUUGUUUUUGGAAGAUACUAUUUGGUGGAAGGAAAAAAGAUACGCAGCACGCACAUGCAUUGCUAUUGUCGGAACUGGUCAAGAACAAAACCGAAAUAACACUUAUCCUCAUGCCGCUGGAUUAGCACAACCUUCUGGUAUUGUAGUUGCUCAAGAAGAGAAAAUUGCAUUUUUUGUAGACAGUGAAAGCAGUACUAUUAGACAGUUGCACUUAGACAACGGUCAGGUCUCCGCUGUUUGUGGAGGAGACAAAAAUCCAGCGAAUUUACACGCUUUUGGAGAUGUAGAUGGAAAAAAAUAUUUGGCUAAACUUCAACAUCCAUUGGGUAUAGCAUGGGAUUGCGUGUCUAAACAAAUUUAUAUAGCUGAUACUUAUAAUCACAAGAUUAAAACUGUAGAUACUGCAACAGGCUAUUGUAAGACUUUAUUUGGUGCAGGAAAACCUGAUCGCGCAUUUUCCUUCAAUGAACCAAGUGGCCUUGCGAUCGGCAGUUUGAAUCGUAAAAUUCUUUAUGUGGCAGAUACCAAUAAUCAUGCUGUUAAGAUUAUUGAUCUUAAAAACGAGAAAAUUUCAACUAUGGUUAUAUCUAGACCUGAUUCAAAUGAAAAUAAUGAUAAAAUAUUUAUUUUUGAUACAUCAAUUAAUACCGAUGGUGGAGAAUUAAAUAUUCUAUUUAAUAUCGUAUUUUCAAAUGAUUUGAAGUUAAAUGUAGAUGCACCACAAAAAUGGUAUGUGUCCUUACCUGUAAAUACAUGGACAGCAAUCUGUUUAACAGGUGACCUUUCAACACCUGUGUCUGUGAGGUUUCCUGCAGAUGAAGCGCAAAAUCAAUUGCGCAUUACAAUAAAUAUAAUGGCAUGCAGAGUCGACACAUGUAUACCAUUGAAGUUAUCUGUACUGUUUAACGUGCAUCGAAGAACGGAUGCACCGAUAAUUGUAACUGAAGAGAAAAAACUCGUUGUUGGCUAGAAAAUAUAAAAGUUAUAAUUUUAUCUUAUAUAUAAUCAAUACAUAUGCAUGCAUGUAUUAUUACUUAUAUAAAAUUUUAUAUUUUUCAUA